UUAACAACCAUCAAAUACAUACAAGACAACAGAAAUAUUUUUGUACAGAAAUGUGGUUAAGUUUUAGCAUUGCGUUAAUUGUUGCUGUAAUUCUUUUAUAUUGGAUCUUGAAAUUCCAUUAUAAGCACUGGGAACGAAAAAAAAUUUUCUCUCCUCGUCCAAGUUUAUUUUAUGGAAAUACUAGUGGAAAGGGCCAUUUCUGGGACAUAAAAAUUUUAUAUGAAACUUUUAAGCACAAAAAACCAUUUUUUGGAUUUUUUUUUUAUAUAAAACCAAUGUUAAUGAUAACAGACUUAGACUUAGUAAAAAAUAUUCUUAUUAAAGAUUUUCAAUAUUUUCAAAAUCGUGGAAGUUUUAGUAAUCCAAAAGCAGAUCCCCUAACAGGUCAUUUAAUAAACUUGGAAGAUGAAUAUUGGAGAAAUUUGCGAUCAAAAUUAACUCCUGUGUUUUCAUCAGGCAAAAUGAAAUAUAUGUUUUCUUCGGUUAGGACUAUUGGCGAUCGUUUAGUUGAAGUUCUUAAUGAUUCAAUUAGGGAAAAUGGUAAUCAAACGUUGGAAAUUGAAAUUAAAAGUUUAAUGUCACGGUUUACUAUUGAUGUAAUUGGAACAACAGCUUUUGGUAUUGAUUGUAAUACUCUGAAAGAUCCCAAUUCAGAAUUCAAUAAAAUUGGAAAUGAUAUAUUUGCAAAUGGAAGGGGAAAAAUAUCUUUGUUUUUUAUACGUUUAAAUUUAUUUAAUUUAUCUAAAAUCCUUAAUUUACGUAUUAAUGAAAAGUAUAUAAUAGAUUUCUUUAAAAAUCUAGUUGAACAAACUAUUAAGUACCGUGAAGAAAAUAAUGUAACGCGAAAAGAUUUUAUGGAUUUGCUAAUCGAUUUGAAAAACUCACCAAAUGGAUUAACUUUUAAUGACGUUUUAGCACAAUGUUUUGUUUUUUUCGCUGCUGGAUAUGAAACGUCAUCUUCUACUAUGACAUUUACAUUAUAUGAACUAGCACAAAAUUUAUCCAUACAAACAAAAGUUCGAAAUGAAAUUAAUUCUAUAUUAGCUAAAUAUAAUGGCGAAAUAUCAUACGAAGCAUUAUCUGAAAUGAUAUAUUUGGAUCAGGUCAUGAACGAAUCUUUACGUUUGCAUACUCCUGCACCAGCAGUUUUCCGAGUGGCAAACCAAGACUACAAAGUUCCUAAUACAAAUUUUGUAAUAGAAAAAGGAACGAAAAUUCUCAUACCAUACGGCGAAUUUCAUGCUGAUCCAGAAUAUUUUCCAGAACCGAAGAUUUUUGAUCCAGAACGUUUUAAUGCAGAUAAUUCAAAGAAACGGCAUUCUAUGGCAUAUUUACCAUUUGGCGAUGGACCAAGAAGUUGUAUUGGAAUGCGAUUUGGUAAAAUGGAAAGUAAAAUCGGUAUUGUCCUUCUUCUUCAAAAUUUCAAAUUCUCAAACAGUGCAAAAACGAAAAUACCAAUUGAAAAAUGUUGGAAUUCACCAGCUGUGCUACAACCUGUUGAAUUAUCGUUAAAAAUUGAAUCUACUGUGGUUAAAAAUUAAAAGUUCACGUUUAAUGUUUUGUAAUUAUAAUAUUAUGUAACGUAAUUACAAAUAAAUCAUUGCAUAAAUGUUAU